AUGCCCUUCGUCGGUGGCAGCGACUCUCCGCCUCCUGCGCGUAACAAGCGGCGAUGGCAGGACCACACCAACAACGAUGACGACGACGACGACGACGACAUCAACGCGCGCGGCGUCUUCUCCAUCUACCACGCCAGCGAAUCCUGCUGCCCCUUCUCGACGCGGAGAAUGGCCGCACCAGUCUCCAAACGCACACGGAUCAGCGACGACGACGACCACAGCCAUAGCGACCUGAUGCCGUCCCACCGCCGCGGUCCUCCGCAGCAGCAGGAUCGGGAAAAGACGCAGACAUCAGCCCCGGCCAAGGGCGGCGGCGCCGCGGCCCUCGCCCCCUGCCACAUCUGCCACCGCCGCCCGACCAAGCGCUCCGAUCUCGACUCGUUCGCCCGCUGCGAGGGCUGCGGCGCGCAGACCUGCUUCGUCUGCAUUCGCCAGUGCCACGGCGGGCCCCUCGACGUCGACGUGCUGUCCGAGCAGGAGGCCCUGUCGCGUUCCUUCAACAUGCAGGACGCCCCCGACGACGACGCGCCAACGAUCCGCGAUGACGGCCGGCCACUGCCUACCGCGACGAAGACGCGGGAGCAAACGAAGCAGGAGCAGCAGGGCUGGGCGGCCUGCGGGCACCGGUCGGUGGUGUGCAGCCGCUGCUGUGUGGAAAAGGGCCCUGAGGGCGAGGUCGUCUGCCUCGGGUGUCUCUUUGGGGACGAAGCCCCGCAGGAUAUGACGCUCUGA